AUGCAACCUAUGGUCAUGCAGGGAUGCCCUUACACCUUCCCACGAUGUCAUGAGUGGCCAGCUACUGACCAUUUCCAUCAUAGCAGCAGCCUCCGAAGCACCUGCCCCCAGCUUCAGGUUAGAGCUGCUGCCAUCUCCCCUGUACCUCCUCAGGAUGGUGCUGGGGUUUUCUGCCUAAGCACAAAGCUGUUCAAUGGGUCUGUUGGUACCUCUGGACCCCUGGAACCAUCAGCCAUGAAUCUGUGUUGGAAUGAAAUCAAGAAGAAAUCUCACAACCUCCGUGCUCGCCUAGAGGCCUUCUCAGACCAUAGUGGAAAGCUUCAGCUCCCUCUCCAAGAGAUUAUUGACUGGCUCAGCCAAAAGGAUGAGGAAUUGUCAGCCCAGCUGCCCCUACAAGGGGAUGUGGCCCUGGUACAACAGGAAAAGGAGACACAUGCGGCAUUUAUGGAAGAUGUGAAGUCUCGGGGCCCCUAUAUCUACUCUGUGCUAGAGUCAGCUCAGGACUUUCUGUCCCAGCACCCAUUUGAGGAAUUAGAGGAGCCUCGUUUGGAGAGCAAAGAUACCUCUCCCAGACAGCGGAUCCAGAAUCUUAGUCGCUUUGUAUGGAAGCAGGCGACAGUGGCCAGCGAACUAUGGGAGAAGCUAACAGCCCGCUGUGUGGACCAACACCGCCACAUUGAGCGCACUCUGGAGCAGCUGUUGGAGAUCCAAGGGGCAAUGGAGGAAUUAAGCACUACUCUGACUCAGGCUGAGGGAGUCCGAGCCACUUGGGAGCCCAUUGGGGAUCUCUUCAUUGAUUCACUCCCUGACCACAUCCAAGCUCUUAAGCUAUUCAAAGAAGAAUUAUCCCCCAUGAAAGAUGGAGUGAAGUUGGUUAAUGAUCUGGCCCAUCAACUUGCCAUUUCUGAUGUUCACUUGUCAAUGGAGAACUCCCGGGCCCUGGAGCAGAUCAACAUCCGAUGGAAACAGCUGCAGGUAUCAGUUGGUGAGAGACUUAAGCAGCUCCAGGAUGCCCACAGGGACUUUGGACCUGGAUCACAGCACUUCCUCUCCUCUUCUGUCCAGGUUCCCUGGGAAAGAGCAAUCUCACCCAAUAAAGUUCCCUACUACAUCAACCACCAGGCUCAGACCACAUGCUGGGACCAUCCCAAGAUGACCGAGUUAUACCAAACCCUGGCUGAUCUGAACAACAUUAAGUUCUCAGCCUACCGUACUGCCAUGAAGCUACGCAGAGUUCAAAAAGCACUACGCUUGGACCUGGUCACUUUAACCACAGCUUUGGAGAUCUUUAAUGAGCAUGAUCUUCAGGCCAGUGAGCAUGUGAUGGAUGUGGUGGAGGUCAUUCAUUGCCUGACUGCCUUAUAUGAACGGCUGGAGGAGGAAAGAGGCAUCCUGGUCAACGUGCCACUCUGUGUGGACAUGAGUCUCAAUUGGCUCCUCAAUGUUUUUGAUAGUGGUCGCAGUGGAAAGAUGCGGGCAUUGUCCUUUAAGACUGGCAUUGCAUGCCUGUGUGGCACAGAAGUGAAGGAAAAACUGGAGUACCUCUUCAGUCAAGUAGCCAACUCAGGCAGCCAGUGUGACCAACGCCACCUUGGUGUCCUGCUUCAUGAGGCCAUUCAGGUGCCCCGUCAGCUGGGGGAAGUGGCAGCCUUUGGAGGCAGCAAUGUGGAGCCCAGUGUCCGUAGCUGCUUCCGUUUUAGCACUGGGAAGCCAGUCAUUGAAGCUUCGCAGUUCUUGGAAUGGGUCAACUUAGAGCCCCAAUCCAUGGUGUGGCUGGCUGUUCUGCAUCGGGUCACCAUUGCUGAGCAAGUGAAACAUCAGACCAAGUGCUCUAUCUGUAGACAGUGCCCCAUCAAGGGCUUCAGGUACCGGAGUCUGAAACAAUUUAAUGUGGACAUCUGCCAGACCUGCUUCUUGACAGGCAAGGCCAGCAAAGGCAACAAGCUGCACUAUCCCAUCAUGGAGUAUUACACCCCGACCACAUCCAGUGAGAACAUGAGAGACUUUGCCACAACCUUAAAGAACAAAUUCCGCUCAAAGCAUUAUUUCAGCAAACACCCUCAGCGAGGUUAUCUGCCUGUGCAAUCAGUGCUGGAGGUCGAGUACAGUGAGACGCCGGCUUCUUCCCCGAGGUUGCCACAUGCUGACACACACUCCCGCAUUGAGCAUUUCGCCAGCAGGCUUGCUGAGAUGGAAAAUCAAAAUUGCUCCUUCUUUAAUGACAGCCUGUCCCCAGAUGACAGCAUAGACGAGGAUCAGUACCUGCUGCGGCACUCCAGCCCCAUUACAGACCGGGAGCCAGGCUUCGGACCGCAGGUUCCAUGCAGCAUGGCCACAGAAAGCAAGGGGGAGCUAGAGAAGGUCCUGGCCCACUUAGAGGAUGAGAACCGGAUUCUCCAAGGAGAGCUGAGGCGCCUGAAGUGGCAGCAUGAGGAGGCUGCUGAGGCACCCACCCUGGCUGAAGGCUCUGCUGAGGUGGCACAGGACCACCGCAAUGAGGAGCUUCUGGCUGAGGCCCGGAUCCUUCGGCAGCACAAAAGCCGCCUGGAGACACGCAUGCAGAUCCUUGAAGACCACAACAAGCAGCUAGAGUCCCAGCUGCAGCGCUUAAGGGAACUGCUUCUGCAGCCACAGAAUGAAUCAAAUGGCAAUGACUCUGCAGGCUCGUCUCUAGCUUCCUCUCCACAGCAGUCAGAAGGCAGUCGCCCCCAGGAGAAGGGACAGACUACUCCAGACACUGAGGCUGCAGAUGAUGUGGGUUCAAAGAGCCAAAAUGUCAGCCUGUGCUUGGAGGACAUUAUGGAGAAGCUUCGCCAUGCCUUCCCCAGUGUGCGAAGCUCUGAUGUGACUGCCAACACACUGCUGGCCUCUUGA